AGUGUCCCACCUCUACCCAUCGCAAGUGGAUGGCAUAUACCGUUGCAGGGUGAAAAAAAUUGUUUAUUUAUCAAAAUGAGUAAUAAAGUGUUAAAAAGUAGUAGCCCUGCCAGCAGUAUGCUCUAUGGCUCCAGCAUAUCAGCCGAAUCAAUGAAAGUAAUUGCCGAAAGCAUCGGCGUGGGCUCCCUAUCCGAUGACGCCGCCAAAGAGCUAGCUGAAGAUGUUUCCAUUAAGCUGAAGCGAAUUGUACAGGAUGCCGCCAAAUUYAUGCACCAUGCCAAGCGGCAAAAGCUGUCGGUCAAAGACAUUGAUAUGUCGCUGAAGGUGCGCAAUAUUGAGCCACAAUAUGGAUUCAUGACCAAGGACUUUAUACCCUUCCGAUUCGCCUCCGGCGGCGGUCGCGAACUACAUUUUACAGAGGAUAAAGAGAUUGACUUAAACGAGAUCACAGCUAAUAGCUCAUUUAAAAUACCACUUGAUCUGACGUUGCGAUCCCAUUGGUUCGUUGUGGAGGGUAUACAGCCGACCGUGCCGGAAAAUCCACCACCCCUCUCCAAAGACUCGCAGCUCGUGGACUCUGUUAAUCCUGUCAUCAAACUAGACCAAGGCCUGAACAAAGAUGCCGCUGGAAAGCCAACCACUGGAAAAAUACACAAGCUUAAGAACGUCGAAACAAUACAUGUCAAACAGUUGGCCACGCAUGAGUUGUCGGUGGAACAGCAGCUGUACUACAAGGAGAUCACCGAAGCCUGCGUCGGAUCGGAUGARCCUCGUCGUGCCGAGGCGCUGCAGUCGCUCGGCUCUGAUCCGGGUCUCCAUGAAAUGCUGCCCCGCAUGUGCACCUUCAUUGCCGAGGGCGUUAAAGUUAAUGUUGUUCAGAAUAAUUUAGCACUUUUGAUUUAUUUGAUGCGC